AAGUGUUUGUUUGCAUUGAUUUGUGAACUCUUGUAAACACUUGAAAAUUGCAAUCAAUUGAUUGAUUUGACUGUAUUUGUGAGCCGAUAGUCGGGUGACAAUUGUGGUGACAAUGGAUGUGAUCGCUUCCGUGAAGAUGUAUUUGAAUCGUAUGGUCGAUGAAUGCGGUGUUGGACUCAAAGUGCUUCUUAUGGACAGACAGACGAUAUCAGUCGUGAGUUUAGUGUACUUACAGUCGGAAAUGCUUCAGAAAGAGGUCUAUUUGUUUGAGACAAUGGAUAACUUGACGCGAAUGUCUGAAUCGAUGAAAUACCUGAAGUGCAUAGUCUUCGUGCGUCCGACACAAACCAAUAUCGAUUUGUUGAGACAGGAGCUGAUCCGCCCUCACUUCGGACAGUACCACAUCUUCUUCUCCAAUAUCAUCAGCAAAACAGACAUCAAGUGUUUGGCCGAAGCGGACGAAUACGAAGUGGUCAAAGAUGUCAACGAGUUUUACUGUGACUUCUUAGCCGUCAGUCCGCAUCUCUUUUCCAUUAAUAUUAGUAACACUUAUCAGGGAUUUAAGAGUUGGAACCAAUCGUCACUCCAGAGGACCACUGAAGCCAUUAUCAGUGUUUUGCUAUCAUUGAAGAGAAACCCAACCAUAAGAUACCAAUCAAACAGCGAAUUAUGUAAACGUUUGGCAGAAAAUAUUAGACAAACCAUUGCCAGAGAGGGCUCUCUCUUUGAUUUCAGAAAGAGUUCUUUGAAUUAUUCAAAUUCUUCCGAUCCUUCAGUUCCACCCGUUUUAUUGAUUUUGGACCGAAAAUUAGAUCCAAUCACUCCUCUCUUGAAUCAGUGGACAUAUGGGGCACAACUCCACGAAUUGCUUACUAUUAAUAACAAUAGAAUCAAUUUAGCGGACGUUCCGGGAGUUAAAGACAUGAAAGAAGUGGUCUUAUCUCAAGAACACGACGAUUUCUACCAAAGGAACGUUUAUCUAAAUUAUGGUGAGAUUUGUGCGAAUAUCAAACAACUGAUGGAUGAGUUUCAAACGAAGACCAAGAGUCAGAAAAAAGUUGAGUCAAUCGCAGACAUGAAGUCAUUUAUCGAAACGUAUCCACAAUUCAAGAAAAUGUCGGGAACUGUCACUAAACACGUGACUCUAAUCGACGAACUUUUUAGACUUAUUUCUACCCAUAAUUUGUUUGAAGUGUCGGAAACGGAACAGGAGUUGGUCUGUCAGUCCGAUCAUUCAGAAUCUCUUAAAAAAGUUAGAAAACUGAUAACAAGUGAUAAGAUCCGUGACUUGGAUGCGCUCCGUCUGGCCAUGUUAUACGCCCUGCGGUUUGAAAAGCAUAGUAAUAACGAUAACCAGAGCAUCGCUGAGUUGCUUAAAAAGAGAGGCAUUAGUGAUAAACAAAUAAAAUUGGCUUCUCUUGUGGUAAACUUUGCGGGAACUAAACGUCAGACACCGAUCACAGCGACUGAGCUGUUGAGUACAGAUCACGUGAAAUCAUUUACUAAGAAAAUGAUUAAAGGCUUGAAAGGCGUGGAGAAUAUAUAUACACAACAUUCCCCUCUAAUUAAAGAGAUCAUUGAAGACUUGGCCAAAGCGAAACUCAAAGAAGUUCUUUAUCCAUAUUUGGGAACAAUUCAAUUGCGUGAAAAACCGCAGGAAAUUAUUGUCUUUAUGAUCGGCGGCACCACAUAUGAAGAGUCCUGCGCUGUCUAUGAGCUCAAUAAGAGCCUAAUGGGUGUGAAAAUACUGUUGGGCGGAACCACUGUUCAUAAUUUCAAGUCUUUUACCGAUGAGUUAAUCCAUGGAUCAAAUCCAUUGGGUUCGGGAUCGCCAUCUUUUUCCGAUAGGAAUAGAAUUUUAUGAUGAAUUUAUUAAAAUUUCGUUUAUGUUAUGUCUCUAU